AUGCCUCCAAGAAAGAAGACCAGAAGCAACAACAUAACUUCCCAGGAUGGGCCAAGCCAUGCUGACUCAGAGUCAAGGCAACAUGCCUCUUCUAGAGAAGAAGAACGUGCAAGUGAGGGAACUUUCACUCUCACAGAUCUUGUUGCAGCCAUUCGUGCUAUGGGUGAGACCCAGAGGGAGAUGGCAGAGAUGAUAAAAGAACUCAAAAAUUCGGCUCCAAAGCCAAGUGAAGUGAAUGAGAAGCACCCACAGGAGGAAUCUGCUGCUGCCGGAAAGGAGUCUGAGCAGAAGGGACCAUCUUUUGUCACUCAGGAGGACGUUGUUGCCAUGCUGGAAAAGGAGCUGAGUCGAAGUCAGGAAGAUUGGAAGUAUCUUCCUCAGCCGCCGUAUCCAUCAAGCUUACUCCAGCAGCCAUAUCCUAAAGGCUAUGAAGCACCGACCUUUGUCCUCUUUGAUGGACGAAAGGGGAGCCCGAAGGAGCAUGUCAAUCGCUUCAUCGAUGCCUUGGGACCGUAUGCUGGUGAUCAUAAUCUUCGACUUAGAGAAUUUUCAAAGAGUCUCACCGAUCGUGCUUACACAUGGUAUACAACGUUGGCACCGGGCUCUAUUCAUUCCUGGGAAAGUCUGGCAAGCAGGUUCUGUAAGAAGUAUUUCCAGCAUGAAGAACGAGUCACCACCACUCAACUCAACAACACCGCCAAAAGCAUGGACGAGGAGGCGCUUGUUGAAAUUUGCAUCAGCAAUAUCGUGGCAGAUUAUAGAGUGUAUUUGGAGAAUAUUGGCAUUAGUCAAUUUUCUCGGCUGCUGGAAGCUGUGAGGAAGACGAGCAUGUCCGUCAGGCCACCAGGACAAAGGACUUGGAGGAAUGAGAAGAAGGAGGCGCAUCAGACAUUAGCAAUAGACGACAAGCCAUCCAAUGACUACAAUUCACGCAAACGCAAGGAUAGAGAGACGUAUCCACCACUACCAUGCAAAGAUGAAGAAUUUCAUGCUAUCCUUGACACAAUGAUUGCUGAUGGCGUAAUCAAACCUGUCAGACCCUACAAGGUUCCUACUCGAGAGGAAAAGAAUGAUCCUAGGAAGCAAACCAUUGAUGAAGACCCCUUGCCAAAACGAAGGGGAAAGGAGGUAGCCGCUGUCAUUACAUGUUCUGAUGAUUUGCUUGAUGAUAAUGGAUUGUGCCACCCUUGGAGGAAUGACCCAAAGCCGCCGGAAGCCGUAUGGGAACCUUGCGGAAACAUGGAAAAGGCAUAUUGGUGUAAAUAUUCAAGGCCUUCAAGUUACAACACACCAUGGCCACUCGCUGAUGGAUGGGGUGACAACUCAGGCAGCGAAAUUUUUGUCUUGGACAUGCCGGAAGAACGCUACUCGGGGGCUUUAUCGGAGCAGCAGGAAGCAGCUGCCGUGACAUUUCAUAAUAUCACGGAAGCUGAAACAAGUGUGAUGGAACGUUAUUUAAGCAUGAAACAGGGGCCCACAGCUUCACAGGUCCUUCAAAGAAACCCAAAGUUCAAAUCACUCUUUGACCAACUUGGCUUCGGGCCGCAAGCAAGAGAAGCAGCUGCUGUAGCCCUGAUGAAUAUCUCUGAGGAGUCUAAUUCUCAAUGCUUUACAACUCAACCACAAGGGUCAUUCUUGGGAAAUGACAAUGCUAUUGUCUUUACGGACGAAGACAUGGAAGUUCCCAUACCCGGACCAUAG